AUGGAGGCCGCUCCACUCACCUUGGCCCACACCCAUGCCCGCAAUGCGGUUCUAGAAACCCGCAAGUCGAACCCCGUCGCCGCCAGCGAAGAGCACGAUUUGGCUGCUGGUGAGUUCGCGACGGCUGCCCAGAGCAGCAAAGACCGCGAGGUAUCUCUCAUCUCUUUAUUUCUGUCGCUCAUUGGUAUUGACCCUUUGUGUGACUGGCAGGCAUUGAGAACGCUCCAUCUUCUCGAACAACACCACAAAAAGCUCGCUCAGAUCCUUCGUUUCCAGCAUGAAAACCCACCAUCUGAAGCUGCAACUAGCGCAGCAGCAGCAGCUGCCGGGAUGCACCCCCAGACGAUCCCUUCGGAUUCUGCAGUUUCGAAGGCGGACGCACAGCAACUGCCUCCCAAGUUAACCGGAGCCCCUCGUCUAGUCAAAAGAGAAUCAUCGGCCCUCGCGAAUAAUCUAGCAUCCGCUCGAGGGAUCCCAACUCUGCCCCGCCGGUCCUCUCCUGCGUCUCCUACACUCUCUUCCCAGCAGGCGGGGGCGAAAAUGACAGACGGACCCGCGAAGGUUAGGACAACCGAAUCGAGGCUGCGAGGCACACAGACCCCUGAGCAAAGGGACCGCACGAGCCGUACACCGAGCCAGAAGCAGCCGUGGUCCCCGCCGUCGGGUAGCCCUACAGACAUCAUAUCCCAGCAAUAUGUUCCUGCGAAGGUGGCGGAGUCCACACGCCCAUCGUACAGGCAAUCAAACGCUGAAGAACCGUUUCAGCGAUUCUACUCCACGUUCGAAGGCCUCAUUUCCAAAAUCUCUGCCCCAUUAGCCUUUGCGGGACUUCCUCUUGGAACAGAUAACAGCAGUGCAACUGCGACACGUAAAUCCUCCCCAGAAACAAGAGUCGACAAACAGACCGCUGUAUCAGAUCGUUCAGGGUCUUCAGCUGAACCAGACAUCAGUCGAAUCUUCUCCCGCGCCGCCCUCAAAGCCAUCAGGGAGUCAGGUGGUGGUGGAGGAGGCGGAAUGGGGACGAGUAAUCCAGCGGAAUCAUUCUACGUGGUACCUACUACGGGCGGAACAGUAUCGUACGCAGGGAUCCUCACUCGAGCCGAGAAGGAAGCUCGCCGAAACAGUCUCGACGAAGCAGAGGACAACUUUGUCGAUGCCCGAGAAACCCCCUCCUCACCAGAGCUCCUGCAAGCCAGCAAAGGCAAAGCGAGAGCGAGCCGCAGUAGCAAACUAACCAGCAUGCAACCACCCAAAACCCUGGAGGAACUGCAAAUGGAGAACGAAGCCCUUCGCCACCUGUCCGACACCCUCUCCAAACGUCUUCACAUGUGGGAAGUCAACGCACAGUCCUCGUCCAUGGCGCUCCAGCAGUCCCUAAAAGCAAUGCACCACAUGCCGUCUCCAGAACAACAUUCCCAAUUUACAUCCGCCGUACCCUCUCCAGCAGCUCUCUCGGCAGCCCCGGCGGCACCAUCGGAGCAGGACCUCCGCAUCAAAGAGCUCGAAGAGAUGGUCCGGCGCCACGAGAAGGACCUCGAACAGGCCGGAAGGGAGAAUAAACGCCUUCAGCUUUACCUUGACAAGCAUAAAGCUCGGUGGGAGAAUUUGAAAGAGAAUGCCAGGGCGAGGCGUGCGGAGAUCGGAGGUGGGAAUGGGGGUGCUGGCAAUAAUGCGGGCGCAGACACUACGCAGCAGAAUGCGGUCGAGACUGCGAGGACGGAAAGCGGGGAAGACAAAGCGUCUAAUGAGCCAGAUGUUAAGACUGGUGAUGCGUAA